UGGCGCAGCAGCUUUCCUGCGCAAACCCGCUUUGGAGCAGGACUGACGAGCAGCGCUCCGCCUGGAAAACGGUCCAAAAACCGCAGACUCUCACGCAACAUGGGCUCCGUGCUGCCCGCAGACGCUUUGGCUCUCAAGUCUGGAUUUAAGUGUCCCGGCCGCUCGCUGUCGGAAGUGAUCACCUCGGACAUCCUGCACAGCUUCCUGUACGGCAGGUGGAGGAACGUGCUGGGGGAGCACCUGACGGAGGAGCGGCAGAGCAGCAGCAGUCCCAAAACCGCCUUCACAGCUGAGGUGCUGGCCCAGUCCUUCGCUGGAGAGGUGCAGAAGCUCUCCAGCUUGGUUCUGCCCAGCGAGGUGAUCAUCGCCCAGAGUUCAAUCCCUGGAGAAGGACUGGGAAUCUUCUCGAAGACCUGGAUCAAAGCUGGGACCGAGAUGGGGCCCUUUACUGGGAGACUCCUGUCCCCUGAACACGUGGAUCUGUUCAAGAACAACAAUCUUAUGUGGGAGGUGUUCAAUGAAGACGGAACAGUGCGUUACUUUAUCGAUGCCAGCCAAGAGGACCAUCGCAGCUGGAUGACUUAUAUAAAGUGCGCCCGGAACGAGCAGGAGCAGAACCUGGAGGUGGUGCAGAUCGGCAGCAGCAUCUUCUACAAAGCUGUGGAGACCAUCCCACCAGACCAGGAGCUGCUGGUCUGGUAUGGAAACACACACAACACAUUCCUAGGAAUCCCUGGAGUUCCUGGAACAGAUGAAGAACUGCAGAAGAAAAGCAGAAAUGAUGACCUCCACUCAAGCGACGGACCUUCCUCCUGCUCUCCCUCCUCCUGCUCCUCUUCCUCCUCUUCCUCCACCACCUCCAGCGGUCGGAUGCGCUGCGUCAUCUGCCACCGCGGCUUCAACUCCCGCAGCAACCUGCGCUCCCACAUGCGCAUCCACACUCUGGAUAAGCCCUUCGUCUGCCGCUUCUGCAACCGCCGGUUCAGCCAGUCGUCCACGCUGCGCAAUCACGUGCGCCUGCACACGGGCGAGCGGCCCUACAAGUGUCACGUGUGCCAGAGCGCAUACUCCCAGCUGGCGGGCCUCAGGGCGCACCAGAAGAGCGCACGACACAAACCAGUGGCGCAUAGUGCCGAUGCGCCUCCGCAGGUGUCCCCUCCUCACCCCCCACAGUUGGCCGCAAUCCCGCACCAGAUGCCCCUGGUGCGCCACAUUCCCACCAUGGUGCUAUGAUGACCAACAUCCGGGCAGGAGUUGAUGCGCAGCGACGUUUGCACUUUAGAUUCCAGUAAAGGAUCUCCAGCCUGUUGGAAGCAUUUGGCAAAGAAAUGUAAAUUUAUGGCCUUUUGUUAAAAAAAAUAAAUGUUCAUUUGGUGGGAAAAUAACGUAUUGAUGUUUGUAAUGUCGUUUCAGACUCACUUGUUGGUGCUUCAAAUUCAAAAAUUCUACCUUUUUGCAUCAUGUUUAUUUUAUUUGAUACAUUGAGCAGCUCAGGUGGAAACAUCCUCAGUCAGAGAAUAAAAGGUAAAAGGAAGGGCCACGUUGUUUUUUCACUGUAAACAGAAAAUGUCACUUUAAACCUGUACAGACUGGAUUGUGUAAAUGUAAAAUUGUAUCUUGUACAUGUGAAUAUAAAUACGUUUGUUCUGCUAUUCUAAAUAAAUCAUAUGAGGUCAUUCAUA